AUGGGUAUACUGGCAAUCCUCUCCCAGUAUAUACUGAAGGUGACUCUGUCGGUGGCUAUUGGUGGAAUGGUCAAGCAAGUAUCUCAGGAAACCUCGGCGGAUGAAACUUGUCCCCUGCCAGACACUGCAAGUAUUAACUCGACAGACAGUGAGGGAGGACAAUUUGAAUGGGAUGAGGACAUGCAAGGUUACAUAUUGUCCUCCUACUACUACGGGUACGCAGCUGUGAACAUAAUCGCUGGUUACCUGGCUGCCCGGUACAGCGCCCGUUGGGUUUUCAUCACAGGGCUGCUCGCUGCCGGUGUUUUCACGGUCGUGGGUCCUAUCUGUGCCGAUGCUGGCCCUGUGGUCUUCAUGAUAACACGCUUACUCGUAGGCACAUUCUCAGGUGUUAUCAUACCAGCAAUGCACGUGCUACUUGGCAAAUGGUUCCCUGAAAACGAGCGACAAAGACUGGGAGGACCCAUUUUCUCAGCGGCAUACUUGGGCACCGUAAUAUCAAUGGCAUUGUCUGGAACCAUUGUGAAGAACUUGGGCUGGUACUCUGUGUUCUACAUUUUCGGCGGCGUCGCAAUAGUUCUGGUGAUUCCAUGUUUGUAUUUUAUCUACGAUGAGCCUGAGUCGCACCCUAGGAUCACAGAGAAAGAAAAGGACUUUCUUUUGACUCACACUGGUAGAGAUCUGACAGAAAGCAAAGAGAAGAAGGAGCUUGAAAAGGAGGAUGACCUCAUUCGAAACCCGUGGCCUCUCAUCCUGACGUGUCCUGCUAUGUGGGCGCACAAUAUAAUUUCAAUUGGAGGGGCGUGGGUCAACUACACACUGCUGUCUGAGUUGCCAACCUACAUGGAAAAUAUACUUCACUACGACAUUGACGAGUUGCCGACCCCCACGGGCCCGGUUUCCGCGCCCACGACGACGCAGCCUCCAUCGGUACCGUCACUGUGCUCGACAGCAGAGACCACGUCUGCACCCCAGCCGUGUGAGGAAGGAGAGCAUCAGCAAAUCGAUUCGAGCUCGGACACGGAGAUGCGGGAGGUGCCUACUGUUUGUCGUGAUCCACAGGCCGCGGACACGCGUUCCUGCAAGCAGAAGUCGCCCAUGCGACGAAAGAAGAGGAGGCUGUCUACAGGAAAUGAUUCGCGAGAUGGUGACACGUUGCAGGAGGACGAGGAAAAUCCAUCUGCGGCCAGGGCUGUGGACCUCACACCAACGGUUCCUGCUUGCAUCGGGCCUGCGAUCUGCUUCCUGGCGCUGACCCUCAUCAACUGCGACGUACCGGCCAUCAUCACGCUGUUCGUCUUCACCAUGGUGUUCCGCUGCGCCAUAUACGGGGGUUCCUACCUCAACCACAUCUAUCUGUUUCCACGGGCCUACGGAAGUGCGGCUGGUCUCAACCUGACUCUGGGCAACUGCUCUGGGAUCGUCACUCCGAUAGUCACAAGCGCGUUUGUAUCAGGCCGGCAAACAAUACAGCAGUGGAAAUACGUCUUCUACGUGGCGAUGACAUUGUCAGUUAUACCGUAUUUUGUGUUCCUCAUUUUUGGUUCUGUUGACGACCAGGAAAUUAAAUGGGAAGAGCGCAGAGAGAAGAAGAGGAAACAGAAACUGGGCCAAUAA